AUGAAUAUCACAGACUUGCUUUCUAACUGGACCGAGAGCACUACGGAGGGAAACCUGGACGAACUGCUCCAGUCUAAGAUAGAACCAAUGGUAGACAAAGCUACCAGAGAUUUGGUGGAGGACGUAGUUUACUGCUGGUUCCUACCAAUUCUCACGAUCUUGGGAACGACGGGUAACGUCUUGAGCUGCAUCGUCCUGAUGAUCCAAGGACUGAAGGACUCAACUAACAUCUUCCUCUUUGUCCUGACGGUGUCAGACACUGGCAACCUACUAACUAACGGCAUCCGUAGGGUUGAAUGCAUCCUCGGGAAGUUCGACGCUCUUCUUGGAAUGAACUAUUACAUGGUGACUUUACCCCAGAUGAAAGUGAUAACUAUUAUCUUCAGUCGUUUUACAGGGGUCAUCACAAUGCUGAUAUCUUUAGAACGGUGUAUAGCAGUGACCAGACCAAUGAAGGUUAGGAUCUGGUUUACCACCAAAAGGGUGUGGAUUAUGAUAAUUGCAUUAAUCGUCGUGGUCUUGACUCUGAUUUCCCCGACGUUCUUCACCAUGCAACUCAACUGGACAACCCACCCAAUAACUAAGGCCCCAAUGGCUUACGUGUCUUUAACCGAUUUCUACACAAAGAACAUUGUGGUAAUGAACUGGUAUUUGAGUGUCUUUCUCACCAUUAUGUUCCGAUUCAUCCCAGUUGUAUUCAUUUUCACAACAUCCGUCACUAUCAUCAUUGCCCUGAGGAAAUCUACUGCCUUCCAGAAGGCUACGUCAUCGGCGAAGGAUGAAAAGUUGACUAGGGUCACCAGGAUGAUGCUUACAAUCUGCAUCUCAUACGUCAUCUUCAACAUUCCUGCCAGCAUCCAUCAGGCUUUCGUCUUUCUGUACCCGGAAUACAACCUCAGAGGGUCCGAGAAAAAUGUCUUUUAUCUGGUCAGUGCAUUCGGUCAACUUGCCGAGGCUACAAAUUCUGCUUGGAAUUUCGUAUUGUACUUCGCCCUCAGUGAGAAAUUCGCAUCGACCCUGAAACGCGUACUGUGCUAUUCCUGCAGGAACUUGACCAUCCGGAAAUCCAUCAAACGUACCGCUACUUCGUCCGGCGGGGAGACCAAAGAAACACCCAUCUCGGCGACUAAACCCUCCAACAGCGAGAAUUCGAAAUUAUGAACCAAGCUGGAGUUGUUUAUAUUUGUUACUUUCAGGAAAGUAUCCAUACUUAUAUCGAGUACCCCUGAAUCUACAAUCCGUUUUCUCUGUCUGUGUCAAUUGUUUUCAUAUUGUGUGUAUAUAUAAACAUAUGUAAUAUGUAUUUAUCUGGUUUAGUGAAACGAUGUAAAUAUGUUCUUGAAUAAUUAAAGUGUCGUAAAUUGCUAUGUAUCUUAAAAUAACCCUUGGUGUAUUGUUUUACGAAUAAAAC